UUUUAAGAUAGACUAUUGGUACCCUUUUGGGUAAAAUGUCAUUUGUCCUUUUUCUUUGCUGGGAUAAAAAUGUAACUUCAUAUUUGUGAUGGGAUUAAAACGACCGCGUCUUAACCAGAAGACACAUUUUGUAUUAUACAAUCUAUUUCCCCUCCGUCUUCUAUUUGAACUGAGACAGAGUUAACUAAUGCACCUACAUAACAUGCCCAUCAGUUCUAUUCAUUAUUGAAUCAUCCUUUUGUUCCAGAGGAAUACUUAAAUCAUUUUAAGAUGAGUGAGUAAUCAUUUGGGUCAGUUCUUUGCCCUGGGUUGUCAAACAGCAUUCAGCACUUUGUGCGUCUGUAAUGACUUCCAUGAGGAAUUAUGGGCCCAGUGUUGGUUACAUCUCAACUUAGUUAUAUGAGUGAGCAUUUGUUUUUUAUUUUUUAUAUAUUGAUAUUAAGUAGGCUAUUGUUAAAGUUUGAUCCCCCUCAGACAGGAGAUUUGGUGUUUUUGCCAUACAGAGGCUUGAUAACAGGGCGCUCGGGACCUCUAAUUUCGGGUGAAAUGGUCAGCAAUGCAUAAGACAAGUGCCAUACAUAAUCAAUGACUUGUCCAAAAGGAAAGUAAUGGCUGGAAGUGCUUUCACAAAGAGAGAGAUGUGUCAGAAGGAGAGGAAGUGUUGUCUAGCCAGGUCAAACACCCUCUUCCCACUCCCUCCUCCUACAGGGAUUAGAGUAAAAAUGCUUUCCCAUUUUGUCUCAACAUGUACCGCCUCUUUCCACUGCUCCAGUCCCUCCACACACACACACACACACACACACACACACACACACACUCGCCAGAUAAAGGGAGUCCCUCACUGCUGUCAGUACACUAUGUAGCUCACUGCUCAGAACACCAGCUCUAGACUCUUUCAAUGAAAAAGCUAAAGAGUUCUAGGUCACGUUCCCGCUCCAGAUCUCACUCUCCGUCCCACGGCAGGAACUAUCCCACCAGAGACUACCAGAACAACCGGGGUUACCAGAGGGGCUACAACCGUGGCUUCCGCAGACCCUUUUACUUCCGCGGUAGAACCCGGGGCUUCUACCCUCGCCAUGGUUACCAGAGAGGAGGUAACAGCUACGGCUACAGAGCCAACAACUGGCAGGGGGGGGGCUACCGGGACGGGCCGCCCCACGACCAGGACCAACACGGUCCUCACAGCCCCAGAAGAGGGAGAUCUCGGUCCCGCACGCCCCGGAAACGCUCCGGCAGCCGCAGCCACUCCAGGUCUCGAUUCUCCGACCGUUCGUCCUCCAGGGGUUCCCGACGGUCCCGGCGGCGCCACAGCUCCUCUUCCCGCUCCUCUUCCCCGCGGAAUCGCCGCAGCAGCCCCGGCUCAGGGAAGCCUGGCUCUAAAGAUGUAAAGGACAAGACUACGCCAGCAGAGGUCAAGGAGGAGAGGGGAGAGGCUGGGGAGCAGGCAGGGGGAGAAGGCAGCAGCCAUGAUAAGGCCUCUGCUGGGAAAUGGCAGGGUCUGAGUGACUAUAACACCAGCCCCAAACGCAGCAGUCCGGCUGUUGGUGCCAAACAGGGGAAGUCAGACCCCAAAGGGUCAUUGUGGAGAACCAUGGGCAGCACUGGCAGUGUUCCCUCUACCAAGAGCCCACCAGGCUCCACCAAGGCCGGGCCGACUGCCUCCACCAGUGGGUUUGGUUUCUUUGGCAAGGAGGAUCCCACCAGAGCAGACGAUAAGACUGCUAUUUCCUCUGCUUUCAAAAAGUUCUUGGCAGAAAACAAGAACAAAAAGCAGCAGGCGGCGGAGUGGGAGAAUGGCCAAGACGGAGACAGCAGAGAGAAAGGGAACAGCAAGAUUGGAGGAGGCCUCUUCAACAUAACAGCAGCCUCCUUCAGCUCAAAGGCCGAUAAGUCCCUGCCCUUCCUGGAAAGAGCCGAAGAAGCCUUCCUCAAGUCUCAGGCUGCUGAAAGAGAGGAGGAGGAGGAGGUGGUCAAGCCCAAAGGAGCCACCCUGACGACACGGGAUGUGUUUGGGAAGUGGGAAGACGAGCCCCAUUACUACCCCCCGGGGAAGGACGAGGAGAGACGGAGAGAUACGGCCGAAGACGUGGAUGAAGACCUGGAGCACAUGGAGGAGGAGCUCUACCGCAGCCGCAAGCAGGCCUCCAAGAAAGAAGAGAAGUCCAAGAGGAAGGAGAAGAAGAAGGAGAAAGAGAAGGAGAAGAGCAGCAGGAGGAGUCCAUCUCCCGUCAGCGCAGCAGUGCCCCCUAGAGGUUCAGGCAGCGGGGAGGACAGGCCCUUGGCCCUGUUCCCCAUCAAUAGGUCGGAGUCACACCUAGCCCGGCCCUCUGGGAAGAGGGAGGGCUUGGAGCACAGUAUCAACACAUUUGAUGAAAUGCCCAGCUCCUCUGGAAGUCUGACUAAGGAGCGUGGUAUGUCCAGGGAUCUGGUACAUCCCAGUAAGAAAGAUUCCGGACAGUUCCGCUCCAUUUUCCAACACAUACAGGCUGCUCAACUCCAACGCAGCCCCUCCGAGCUGUUUGCGCAGCAUAUUGUCACCAUUGUGCAUUACAUCAAAGCACAACACUUCCCCUCUUCAGGCAUGACUUUAAGUGAGCGAUUUGCCAUGUACCAAAGAAAAGCAGCUGAGAUGGAAUUGAUUAAACAAAGGAAGAGUCCAGAAAUCCACAGGAGAAUCGAUGUCUCCCCCAGUGCUUUUACCAGACACUCUCACCUGCUUGAGGAGCUGGAGGAUUGCAGCUACAAGGAUCGGGGUAGAACAGCAAAAACUGACCCAAUGGACCUGCGUCUGGAUAUAGAGCGCCGUAAAAGGUUUUCUGGGAAGGAGCCUGGGCAACGGGACAGGGGCAAGGGCUCCCAAGGACCUAGCCAAGAGAGGUCCUCAGAGAAAUCUUCCAAACGCCACAAGAAAUCAAAAAAAAACAAGAAGAAUCGUGAUCGCUCUCCGUCCUCCUCCUCUUCCUCCUCCUCUCCCUCUCCCUUCAGAGGAGGGUUCAGAGGUAAAGACCACAUGAUGGGGGAGGAGAUGGAGCAUAUGGACCAGGGCUACAGUAAGCCUCGCUUCGGGUCACGCGACUAUGAGGGCCCCAUGGAUAGGGGUCCGCCCCGGGACUAUGAGGGCCCCAUGGAUAGGGGUCCGCCCCGGGAUUAUGAGGGCCCCAUGGAUAGGGGUCCCCCUCGGGAUUUUGAGGGCCCCAUGGAUAGGGGCCGAGGACGUGGAAGUGGUGGAGGAUUUCUUCCCAGACUCAGAGGAGGAGGAAGGGGCUGGAAUAGGGGCAAUUACCAAGGUAACACAAGCAGCAAUGGCAACCCCCCUCCUAAUAUGAACACCGCCCCCCCAGAGCGCCCUCCAGAUGAGGACUGGGACCCAGAGUACACCCCCAAGAGCAGGAAAUACUACUUUCAUGAUGACCGUGAGGAUGAGAAGACAUGGCUGGAGAGCUGUGGCCGAGGGGUCUUUCCCCACAGCAGGGGUCGCUUCAUCUACCGCAAGGGGGGCAGAAGCCCAAACAAGUGGACUCAUGACAUGUUCCAGACUGGGGAGGAGGGGGGCGGGAACAAGGAGGAGGAGCACCACACAGAGAUGGACCAGAAAGACGACAACCAGGCCGCCGUAGACCCCUCAGCUUCCUCCAAACUGUAGUAGAGGACUAGGCCCUGUAACCUCUCUUGCUCCUCCUCCAUCCUCUUGCUCCUCCUCCAUCCUCUUGCUCCUGCUCCUCCAUCCUCUUGAUCCUCCCCUUGCUCCUCCUCCUCACACAUCCUCUACCACCAGAGCUUUCUGUCCAUUUGUGAGAGGUCAUCUGAUCCUCUGAGAUCAUCUCUGUGUAGGCUGUAGGAGCCUGAACCCUGGUAACGUGCCUGGCCCUGCACACAGUCAUAUCAGAAUAUACAUGAUACACUGGUCUUUGUAUUGUUGAGCCAGUGCCACUUUCAGUAAGUUGUGAAAGAGAUGUUGAAUUGAACUUGAAUCAAGAGCAAUACUUUUUUUUCAAGAGCAAUACUUUUACUUGUUUGUUUCUGAGUGUUUAAUUACUACCAGUAAUUUGUCUUUGUUUCUGAGUGUUUAAUUACUACCAGUAAUUUGUCUUUGUUUCUGAGUGUUUAAUUACUACCAGUAAUUUGUCUUUGUUUCUGAGUGUUUAAUUACUACCAGUAAUUUGUCUUUGUUUCUGAGUGUUUAAUUACUACCAGUAAUUUGUCUUUGUUUCUGAGUGUGUUUGAUUAACUACCAGUAACGUGUCUUUGUUUAUCUGGCUGUAUUUGCUUAUUUGUUUUGCGAACAGCUGACUGGUUUUCAGUUGUUUUCUGGGUCUGCAAGCUACAUUGAUGCAGCUACAUUGAUGUAAAACUUCAAGGACAAAGUAUUUUCCCUCUUAAGACAUUGAAAUGACAUGCAUUUGUGCCUUAAAGUUUAUAUUCAAACAUGGUGAUAUAUGUGCAUCGCUUUAAUUUUCUGCUAAUUUUCUGCUGUACUAGCUAACGCAAGCCUUUAGCUAAACAGUUGUUUUGGACAAUGAUAUGUUUCUGAGGGUAUUUGCAUAACCAUUUGGACUCGAACCUCCCCACCCCAUUGGACCAACCCUACUCUUGGUACUGAACCUCCCCACCCCAUUGGACCAACCUACUGUGGGUACUGAACCUCCCCACCCCAUUGGACCAACCCUACUGUGGGUACGAAACCCCCCCACCCGCAUUGGAC